GAACGAAGGCAACAGCAUCCUGGCUUUACCGGUCGACCGAUUGAGGCAGCGGGCCAAGCCUUGAAAGCGGGAGGUGAAGCCGAGACGGUCAGUGAAAAGGACGAAGAGAACGGUGACGGUACAUGCCUGGUUCCGCUGUCUUCUGCAGGCGGCUUCAAUCAAAUUUCGUCCUUGAUGAUUGUCCGGAAGACGGAUUCAUGGAUCUCGCCCUCCGGAUGAAGGGUGAAGAAGCGUGGGCCCUCGGAAUCCGCGGAGUUCGGUUUCUCUGAACGGAGAAUUGAUUGAGAGGGAGGUCUGUGGGUGUUUAUAAAUUGAGUUGAAUAUGACCGGAUCGAGUUGAUGAUGGAGAGCGAAUUAUUCUCCGUUCACGUUUCUUGCAGUAUUUCUACUCCCAUCAAUUGCGGUGCAAGUGGGUCUGUUCUUGCUAUCACUGCUUCUGCUGCACUUGGAAUCCUCUCUCAGAGCAGCAGCCGCGUGGAGUGGAACGGUCGUCCUUUUCUGCGAGUUUAUUAGCAUCCCCAUGCGGCUCAGAGAUUCAUUGUGUUGCAGCUUCGGUCAUGUGUGAGGUCUCUGUUGUGCAUUUUCCAGUCGGCACUCUGGGUUCAAUGUUCAUGCAUACACUUAUCCUACUUAAGACGGUGCUGUGUCCUCAUGGCCAUUCCCUUUCUCUCCUUUUCCACUCCUUUCGAACAAGCGUCUUCUCUCUCAGAAUUUUCAUAUUGUAGAUCUCAGAGGCCUCAAUUGCCUUUCUCUGAGUCCCUAGACUGUGCUGAGGUGUGCUCGUUGGAUAGCAAUUCGGCUUUGACUCUUUGAUUCUACUCUCUUCCUAUCUCCCAGGUCAAUUGAAUCUGUGUGUUUGUUGAUUUUAUGAAGGAUGUCAACUGACGAGGGAGUGCUCUUAUCUCCUGCUCUUGUAGUCGGUCACUACUGCCACGAUAGGAUUACUUUACCUGGAGGAGUUCGAGUAGAUGCUCUUGGGGGCUCUGUUUCCUACAUUACCAACGUUUUUGAAGCUCUGAGUAUGAAGGCAGAUGUUGUUUCAAAGGUGGGAGCCGAUUUUCUUUACAAUUCUCAACUGUUGUAUCCUCCAAUCGUCGUGGAGAACCAAUGUACCACCGAAUUCUUCGCAGAUUUCACAGCUGGAGAAGAAAGAUUACUUAGAGUAGGAAAUGUAUGCGAACCCAUUCUUCCGAAGGAUAUUGUUUCAGACACGAAGUAUGAAAUAGGUUUAGCUGUUGGAAUUGCUGGGGAGGUUCUUCCUGAGACCCUGGAGCGUAUGAUUGAGACGUCUAGGAUAGUAGUGGUGGACGUACAAGCCUUAAUGCGGACUUUUGACCCAGUAACGCGUCUUGUCAGUCUUCGCCGACUGGAGGAAACGCCCUUUUACAACCUUUUGCAUCGAAUCUCGUAUAUCAAGGCGGCUAGGAAUGAAGCGUCUUACAUCGAUUUAGAAAUUGUCAGGAAGUUCACAUGCGUUAUUGUCACCGAUGGGGAGAACGGCAGUAAAGUCUAUAGUAAGGAAAGCGAAUGGAGAAUUCCUCCGUUUAAUGCGACAGAUGUGGAUCCGACCGGAGCUGGCGACAGUUUCUUGGCCGGUUUUUCUGCCGGUCUUUAUCAAGGUCUUUCUGUCUAUCAGGCUGCCCUGAUGGGCAAUUACUUCGGAGCUCUUGCAGUGGAGCAAGUUGGUGUACCUCAUUUUUCACCAGAGCAACUGAAGAAACUGCAGGAAUUUCGCGACACCAAUGUGGGAGUUAUCCUCUCUAGCAAACCGGAUACCGGCGGACCGAGAUUUAAUCUUCUUUGUCAUAACGAGCUGCCAGUGAGGGAAACCAACACACAGAAGCCACAAGCUUUGUGAAACAUACGAACGAAGAAGUUUUGGAUUCAAAUCCAGAGUUGACUUCGUCUGCAUACGAAUCAGCUUCCUUUUAGAUUGCUAAAUAUUGUAAACAUAUUCAUUCAGAAACGUUCAAAGUUGUAGAUAACUGUAUGAACUGUCUUGUUCCUAGUCAUAUUCUUUCGGACCAAAAUAAGAAAUUGCUGGUCAUCAGUCGCUGGUACGUCACGAGGCACUAUUAUGAUGAACUAUCAUAGCGGGUUCCUGGAUGCAGCUUCCCUCCUGCGCAAGCCACCAUCAGAACCCAGUUAUACUUGCCAACAAAUAGAGUUGGUCUCUCGUUCAUGCGUAUCACUAGUUCUUGAGCAAUUUCAAUGCCUGGACUGGACUUUGCCAGAGAAAUUAUAGAAAUGCCGGAGAGGUCCGUUGGUCUCAGAGGCCACAUGGCAGAACAGUUGUCAGGCUGACCUUCUUGUCCAAAAGUUCUCGGUGAAAAUUUAUAUUUAUAUAUAUUCAGUGACUUUUAGACGAUGAG